UGCAGCCACCGCCCAGGGGGGCUGGAGCAAUCCCAGGGGCAGGGCAGAGUUACCUCCAGGGGCUGGGAACGGGGGUGGGGACGAGUAAUUGCUCCUUCGCUUUAGUUCCACCCCUGCAAUUGCCAAGGGCCCCCCAGUUUUCCUGCUGGGCGCCGGGUGUUCCUCACGAGGCAGGUGCCUGCUGCAACUCCCUGCUCUGGCCUCCUGGGAUCAGCCCCUGGGUGGCAGCGCUUUGCGGCGGGAGCCGGUGGACCCCGCACAUCACCAGCCAGCAUCGGCGCUGCCCGCCCGUACUGAAAGGGUUGCUCAUAACAGUGAAGUAAAGGGGGGAAACGAAAUGCUUAACCGACAUUUUGGGGAUGGUUUACAAAUGAAGGGCCCAGUUGGGCACUCCGUGAAAUCCACGGGAGCUUUGCCAUUGACCUUGAUGGGCACAGUGUCUGGCCCUCAUUGGUUACUACAAGCCUCUAAAGUAAAGCCCAGAUCCACAAAGGAAUUUAGGCUCUGAACUUCCAUUGACUUCAGAGCCCUACAUACCUUUAUAGAUCUGGGCCUAAAUGUCUCAGUGUGCACUGGCAUCUUAAGUCUUGUAGAAAUGACUGGCUAGUGGACCUGCAGCAAUAAAGGCUUGUGACGUAGGUGAGGAGGAGCAGCAAGAACAAGGAGGGGAGGCAUCACCGCUGAGCACUAAGCACUUCAUUGCGGAUGUGGCACAUGGCCCAGGGAACAGCUUGCUAUCUACUUUCCACACCGUGAUUGUAAAAGAUGAGUCUGAGAGUAUCCUUGAAGCAGGAUGUGGUGCUGAUCCCUUAAAGGAAGAGGAGGAAGAUGAAAACUACUGCAUGGUGCAGGUGGGAGGCUCACCCAACCUGCACCCACCAGCCCUAGACUGCCAGCCUGGGAGCAUCCUGGAAACAAGAGAUGGUGCUGACUCUGUAAAGGAGGAAGAUGGAGGUGGAAACUACUGCAUGGUGCAUGUGUCUGGGUCACCCACCCUGCACCCACCAGCUCUGGACUGCCAGCUCAACUAUGCCACAAUGUGUGGGUCACUGCCAGCUUUCUUUGGCAACAUGAACUCUGUGCCCCAAGUCCCCGGAGCUGAGUUUACCCAGGAGAUCCCAGAUCAGUCACAGGAAAGAGCUGAGGGAUAUUACCCUGAUAGCACAGAAAAGGAGACCAAGAAACAAAAAAUCAGUGGCAGCAGUGGAAUGUGCUCCCCAAAGACAUCCAGUGUUGCUCCCGGGGACUUUUACAGCCUGGCACAGCUCCAGGAUGUGAAUCUGAAUCUUGGUCAUGCUACUCGCAGAUCAGCCCGGUGUGCGGCAGCCAGCACUGCAGGUCAGCAGUCCUACAGGGUGUCAUCAUUCCAGGAAUCUGGAGGUGGUCAGGAUGUGGCCAAGGAGAAAAAAGUGCCACCAGAGAACCCAGAAGAGCAGGGAGCUCUGCCACCUGUCCGAAAGAAAACACGCACCUUCUACAGUGCAGAGCAGCUAGAGGAAUUGGAGAGGAUGUUCCAGGAAGACCAUUAUCCUGACAAUGAGAAGAGGCGAGAGAUCGCUGCUGCCGUUGGUGUAACACCACAGCGCAUCAUGGUCUGGUUUCAGAAUCGCAGAGCAAAGUGGCGAAAAUUGGAGAAACUGACUGUGAAAGGGAGCAAGAAAUGCACAGCAUCAACAACUCUGUCCAUUCCUUCAGGAGCAAGCACUUAUGGGCCAUCACUCCUGCCUAUGCCUACACUGCCUGACAUCAUUCAUGACCAGUCUGCCAUGCUCAACAUGGAUACCACAGUUGGGAACUAUCCCAGCAUGCUCAGUGGGCAUCCUGCGCCGCUCGUCUGCUCAUCAGUCUCUUCGGUAACUGGAGUGGUGACGUGUUGUGAGGCAGGUCAGACAAAGGCACUAUCCCAGGGCAGCUUCGGUUCCAGCAGGAUGGAGUGCUUCCCCACAAUUCCCAGCCCUCCACCCAUUCGUAGGGCCAGCCUUCCGCUCAAUAUGACCUUCAACCCAAACAAUCAUAUUGUUCCAUUGAUGCUGGACACUCCCAACAGUGAAUGUAGCCCAUCCAGUCAGGAAAGCAGCUCCAGGGAGGUCCUCACGUACAGCUUCCAGAGUCAAGGUGUCAGCUCACCAACCUCAUGCAAUUACCCUGAACAGCUGGAGCCCACAGCCAAUCUAGAGACCCCAUAUUAUCACUACAGUAACCAGCCUGGAACCUACCAGCUGCCCCAGUACCCCACGCAGCACCAGCUCUCCCAGUUCCACCAUCUUCCAGUCCCCCUUGCCAGCAAUGUGCUGCCCAGUGUCCGCCUUACACCUACUACACCCAGUGAAUCCAAUUCAGCUUUCUUCACCUUGGCUGGCAAUAGUGGGGUUGUGACCUACGGAGCGGCAGGUGCCUCACGAGGGUAUUUACAGCAUCACCUAGGGGGACAGAUCCUGUUACAGCAGCCUGCUGGGACCUCAGGAGGUAUCACUGCCUACCAGGCUGUCCCCUGGAAUGAAUUCUACAUGCAGGGACGUCCAUUCUCCAAUCAGCUUUGCGCUCGAAUGCAGUUUUCCAGCACUGCAGCAGGACGUUACUCCACAGAGCAGGCUCCCUAUAUUCAGAACCCUGGUAUGAUGCAGCCCACUCCCUGUUUCCUCCAGCUGCCCAAAGGGGCAACAUCAGGAUCUGUGGUAUUUACUGAAAAACAAAGGGCAAUGCCAGCACCAGACCAGACUUCAUAUCAGAACCACCAACUGCAGAUCGCACCAGCUGAAAGAGAGGACCCAGAGAGCAGCAGCAAUGCCACCAAGGAGGAGGAAAGUGCUGCUGAUGACAAAGAAGAGAAUACGAAUUGACUUUGCACUUUGAAAUAAACAAGCAGGAAAGGAUGUUGUUGUUAUUAUUAUUAUUAUUAUUAAUAAACACUGCACUAUGAGAGAAACAGAGGAAAGAAGAAUUAAUAUUAUUUGCAAUGGAAGUACUUUUUUGUUUUUUUUAUUGUUGCCAUGAUUGUUCUCCUGCUGAGGAAAGAAGCAGUGAAGUUUCAAUCAAUAAAAGCUUCUGUUCUAUGCUUUUUGCAAAUCUCCUGACUUUUGAGUUUUACUAAGAAAGAUGAUCUUGGUUAUCCUAAAGAAGGUAACAAGGACUCAGUGGACAGGGGUGACUGGAAACCAGGAUCUAUUGGUUACAGAUGGCGCAGAAAGGAAAGUCCUUUGGCUGGGGUCACUAAAGCUUAGGGAGCUGUAGAACGUGAGGAGAGGGCUCCAUUGGGUACCCAGAAUUCAGAAGAUACUAGAAGAUGACUCCAGAGUGGGUAAGAUUCUGGGGAUACAGAUGGGGUAAGGUGGGUUGCAGACCACACAGGAAGGGAGCCCCAGGGAGAAGCUAGUAUAAACAGUGCAGAUAGAGGAACUCCAUGGGUUUAACCCAAUUUCACAGGGUCAACAGAGCAGGAGGGAGGAUGGGGAGCCCAGUGCUAUUCUUAUGGUGUUUGUUUAUAGCAACAUUUAGAAUUUUUAGAAAAUAAAUUAUUGUUGUAACCUGAUGCCCCUCCAUUCAUAAUUCAUUUAACAUUCCCAUGGACUUAGUUUGAUAUGGCUUUGAAUGUCUGUUACUAAACCAAACUAAUCAGGGUUAGCAAUGAAGGAUGGGGGGAUUUAAAUAUGCCCGUCUCUGCCUGCACACAAUCCCUGACUGUGACCCAUCAGUUUUUGAGGAAGAAUAACUUUGAUAAAAGGGGAUAGUGGAAGAUGAUGGGGAAAGUCUAAACUGGUACGUCUUGCAUUUACAUCUAUAUGCUGUCAGGCUCUGUCUCAGUUUAAUCUCUAGUAAAAUAUUCCAUAGCCAGGGUCCUAUUGCUGUCCUUGCUUUUCCCCUAGAACCUGUGAAUCUUGUUCUGGAAAUGUCUACCUCCAUCAUCCCUAUGGAGUAUAGUGGUUUUAGUGAAUUGCAGAUUAUUAUCUUCUGAGAUACCUGGCUAGGGUGGGGCAAAGCACUGUGCAAAUUCAGACUAGGGCCUUGAAUUCAGUCCUAAAAUGGAUAAGGAGACAUUGGAGGUCAUGGAGGAUUGAUACAAUGGGUUAAGUUAUGCUCAAUAAUGAAUGGGCAGCUGUAUGCUAUAUGAGUUGCGGUUUCUAUGUGAAGUUUUAUCUUCAGCUGCAGAUGUGUGGUGUAGUCUAGCCUGGAGGUGACAAAGGGGUGUAUCACAGUGCUAAGGUCCUUGUGAAAAAGGAGUGUGUUGUCCUAACAAGCUGAAGAUGGCAGAGGAGUGUUCUUUCCCACUGGUACAAUGUGUGUGUCCAGGAGCAACAAGGAGUUUGACCCUGAGGCUUUAUAUUAGACUGAUGGUCUCAAUCAAGGGUGAGGCCCAUGUUUUGUAAAGUGGCCUAAUACAUAUGCUGAAGAGGCUGGAUUACUAUAUUGAACCUUGUGGGAUUUCACAUUGUUACAGUUCUUGGUUAGAACUCUGUGGACUCUCUGAAAGGAAUGUUUGGCCCUUCUUCUAUCUCCUAUAUAUCAUUCAUUAUCUGUUUAUGACUGACAGUACUGAAAGCUGCUGGAAGAUCAAGCCAUGUAAUCAGGGAUCCUACGUAUUUCAUGAAUCUCGAGCAACAGAAUUUACCAGUGUUCUACAGCAGACUCUUACGUAUUCAUUCUAAAGAGCAAAAAUGUCUAGCCUCUCUGAGUAUGAAGAAAAAGAGAACCAAGUGUAAACUAAUUCAGUGGUCAGCAGACAGCCUAAAUCAAUAACUCUGGGAGAUUGUGAAUGAUAGCUUUUCACCAUGUAAAUGUUAGCUCUGAAACCUUGUGCUGACAAUGACAGAAGUAAUCUUUUUAGACUGGUGCUGUUUUUGGAUCCCGGUUGGACUGAUGGACAGAGUUGUAGGACUAAGGCCUGCCAGAAAGCCAAACAGAACCAACAACAGAAAACCGUGUCUUACCUGCCUCUACUCUAAAGAAAUUUAGUGAUUUUGUAUGGUAAACAUUUUAUUUGUUGUGUUUUGGAUGUUAUAUGUUGUUCUGGUAUUACAAAGUCCUUGCACACAUACCCUGUCGCUGUGACAUUCCUAGUGAAACCGUGAUUUAGGGACUUAGACUCAGAAGACUUACUAUGUGACCUUUCUCACAAAGAUUUGUCAUUAAAUUAUGCAAGUCAGUUUCUAGAACAAAAAAGGGCAUUUCUUCAAAAUUUUGACCAAAAUUUGGCAAUCCUCAGAAUGAUUUGGAUGAAAGUCUAUUGCAUUUACUUUUAUAUUCAUAUCCUAAAUUAGCCAAGUUUCACUUGGUUGCACAUUUUCAGAUAAAAAAAUUUCCACAUACCUAAUCACAAAUAGGUGUGAUGUUCGUGCAUCUGGAGGUGAGUGUGUACCCUAAACAGUAUGUAGAGGGCUCAAUUCUUCCCUAGUGCAGCUCCACUGACUUCCUUUGAGUUAAACCCAGGGUGGUCUAGCCCAAUAUGUGUACAAUAUAACUUCACUGAGAUCUUGAAAUCCCAUCACUUUCCACUGUAAUUCCAUAUAUCUACCUUCUCCAAGAUUUGUUCUAAGAAGUCACUAGACUAGAAUUCAGUACAUAAAAUGUGGGGUUAACAGCAUAGCACUGAGGUCAUUUUCAAAGAAAAUGGUUUUACCAGCCUGGAUUUAUUUAAUGGCAAUGUUAUUGGUUUAAAUUCCCUGUGUUCUGUUUACAGACUUUCAUCUAGGAUACAGAAAGUCAAGCUGAAUGCUCAGAUUUGUUCACUUCUGUUUAAGAUGACAGGGUCAUAGUCAGAAUCCCUUAUCUUAUUGAAGGCCUGUGUUUCCUCAGCCGGUAUUAGACAUAGACAGGAAUUGGCCUGCUUCUGUUUGAUUAACAUAUCCUGUACUAAGCAUGUUAAAUAUAAUGUGUUAAUA